GCACUGCAGCUCUCGCUCAGAUUCCACCCAUCCUUCUGCAGCCUCUCUCUCUCUCUGCCUUUCUACCACUUUCUCCCACACACACACAAACACACACAAAUACUCAGCAACAGAGCAUCUUAGCAACAUACCCUGCACUCAUUUGCUGCUUCCUGAGCUCCUGUCAUCCGUUUCUAACAAGUGCGUCAGAGGCUGGGUGAGGAUCAACAUGCCCGGGGAUACACAAGACUUACUGGACACGGACACAGAACUACCAGAUUUAUCCAGGCAAGCAUCAAGCUCCACAGCCUCAACUCCAACUGACAGUGCCUCCAGUCCAUCUCCAAGCACUCCACCUAAGCUCUCCCCACAAUGUACCUCUCCAUUUGGACCACGUUUGGUCAUGUCUAAACCAAACACUUCUGCUCGACCUCAGCCUGAGGGUGCCAGUUUCGAAUCGGAUGGACGCACAGUAGGCAGGCUAACUGGGCGGUUUGGUAAAGGUGGAUGCAGACGGGGGCCAGUGAAAAUGGAGAGGAUUAAAGUAUUAACUGGAGCUGAAGUUGAGAGUGACUACCAAGAGCCUGAGUCCAUGGAUGCAAGGGUUGUAAUGGGACAAGAAGCAUUACUCAAGAACAUGGAGACACAGAUUGGUGACAAAAAGACAAGUAAAGAAUUAUCCAGUUCAGAACCCCCUCACUCAGAUACCACACUUCUUGUGGAAAAACAUAUUACAGCAGAGGAAAAACUUAUGCUUGAUACUGGUCAAGAGACUGAAAACUCUGACCAGGUAAAGACUUUGACCCCAACUCCUGAACAAGGGAGAAUUGUAGAACAGCUACUAGAAUGCCCGAUUCUAGAAACCAAAUCAGCAGAUACUGGGCUGACUGAAAGCAGUACCUUUUUCCCUAAUGAUGAAGAAGACACACAGUUUCUAUCUCAGGGUGAAGUGCCUUCCUUGUCCUUCUCUGAGCCCUCCUGUCCAGUUGAUCCUCAGAAAAUUGGUGUUCUUCCUGGACUGGACCCAGAUCGUUAUUACACAGCCCCUUCCACACCGAUUAAGAUGGCCUACUGCUCACAUCUUAAGCAACAAUGGCAACCAAGCAGUCCAAGCACAGGUCCUGGUUCACCAACAGAUGAGUCUGAUCUGUGCUCUCCUCCCACUUCUCCAUCUGGAUCCUACAUCACUGCUGAGGGUGGCAGUUGGAACUCCUCCUAUAAUUCUGGCACGUCUCACUCCUGCUCACCUAAUCUAACUGCUGAAGCUGAAUUGCAAGAGGUCCCUGCUUGCUAUGUGGGCUCUCUUUCUGAGAUUGGUGAUGAGCUGGGAGAUGACAGACUUGUGGCUGAAAGGGAGCAUUGUCUGUGUAAACCUGUCAUGCCAGAGUUGCCCGAGAGUGAGGAACAUGAGGAGGAAAAGAUAAAGAGAGAGACUUGUCGGCCUCACUGGGUAACAGAGAACGUAUCCCCACACAGAAGCAGCAGUGGUAGAACCACAGACACAAACCAUGAGGAAGAGGGAGCUGAGACCACCUUGGUCCAGACAGAAAUUCCAGGAGUCACUGAUAUAUCACAGGCUUUGGAUAAUCAAGAUCAGGAGCUAGAGCUGGACUUUAAUUACUGUAUCUCAGAGCACUUUGCCAGGCAUGAUGCCCCUUUAAGUCUUGAAGAAGACUUUCCUUCAGAUCUGGCAUGUUCUUCUCCUUUAAGUCAUCAGCAGGCAGCAGCUUCAACUACUCUCGAGACAGGCAGUCUAACCCCUGCUACUUGUUCAUCAGAGAUUUCAGACACUGAUAAUAACAGUUUGUAUAGUGAGAUGGGAUCUUCUGCCUUGUUCUUUCAUGGAUACUCCAGGGAUGAUGGAUCUGGUGGAGAGGGGAUGAUUCCUGCAUCAAUGCUACCAGUCCAUGCCAGCUUGAUAUUCCAGGCAGAUUCGAUGGAAAUAACAUUAUUCCCUACAGACGAUGAGCCAGAAAAUGAUGUUGAUGCAUAUGCUGCUGGAGAAGAAGAGGGGGAUGUGGAUGAAUAUGAUGAUGAGGAUGAGGAUGUGGACAUUGAUGACAGUGAUGUGGAACAGCAAGUUGAAGCCAUAAAGAUUGGAGCAAGGGGUGUUGACGAUACAAAUGAAGAGGAUACCUCUGCCUCUUUUCUUAAUUCACUUUCUGAGAACUCAAUUAAUGAUGGAGUAGAUGAAUCAUUUGCUUAUCAGGAUGAUACAGAGGAGUCAAUUGAUUCCACCUCUUGUAAUGGAGAUGAAGAUGACCAAUUGUACAGCACAGAGAGACAUGCUGAGCUUGCCCAGCAAUUUCCUGCACAAGAUGAUCAUGUGCAGUCAGUAACCCAUGCACGACCAGAAUCUUCUGGAAGUGAGAGUGAAAUGGAGAUUUCUUCUGGAUCUUCUGGACCAUCAAAUGCAUUAGCUCAGCAGCAUAUAUCAGUUUGCACAGAACAUGCUGAAGACAUAAGCACACCUAAUCCAAUGGCAGAAUCUGCAAAGGGACUAGUUUUUUCAAGUGAUAUUGAGAAACAAAACGAAGAGAGCAAGCAGAGCACGGACAUUGAAAAUGCAGAAGAAACCAACAAUGCAUCCUGUGAAGUGUCUCAACAAAGUGUCUGUGCAAACAUUCAAGGGUCAGAAAAACAGACAAGCUCAGAAGAACUAGGUAAAUUAUCAGAAAAAUACAGUAAACCAGUCCUUUGUGUGCUUGGUGCCACCGCAGCAGGCAUAGAUAAUAAGAUAAAUAUUCAGGAUGAUAAAGAUCUAGAUCAGAAAAAUGGAAAUAACUCUGAAUUCAUGAAUACCUCACUCCAGCUUGAUGAGACAGCAACCAAUGAUCUCAACAAGGGAGUGCCUUUGUUGUCCUAUCCUAAAGAUGAUUGUAGCCCCACAAACAUACCGGUUUGUGCCUAUCCCGAACUGUCUGAAGUACCAGAUAACCUGACUCCUGCUGAUAUUUCCCCAACUGAACAAUCCCUUGACCAAGACAACCUGACUGAAAAUCAACCCACCACAAAUGAUAUAACUGUUGGCUCUCUAAAUAUGUCCUCUUCUACUUACGGCAUGCUUGCCAUCUCACCAAAGAAGGAGAAUUCACAAAGUAGCAUGACAGAAAAGAAUGUUUCUUCUGAACAUUGGGCUCCAGAAGAGCCUUUGUCUUUAGAUGCAUGUUGUGACUUUAGGCCAGAUACUUUGCUGGUAUGUGAGAUACCUGGAUUAAUGCACAAUAAGGGGCAAUCUGUAACUCCCAACAUUUCGGCUCGAGAUAAUCUUAUGGGUGACCUUGAGGACAACAAUAUCUACUGUGACUUGCCAGAAAAGAUGGCAAAUAAUGAGGCUGGUAUGCUGGAGUCGAAUUUGUCCACUUGGAAAUCCAUUGAGGACCUUUCAGAGGCAGGAGGAGGUGAGGAUGAUGCAAACAACUUACAGAAUCCAGAUAAUAAUGCACUUAUACAAUGCCAUCCAGAACAUAUUCAGGAAACCACAUGGAAUAACCCAGAAAAGAGCUGUCCUCUCAGUAUCCCAGUUGCACAAUCAACAUGUAUGCCAUUAAAUAUCCUUUCACAAAAGGGGAAAGAUGAGAAAGACCAGACCACUGACACAGAGUUUAACAUUCCUGGGGAAUCCUCACCAAAACAAUACGGAGAUGCAAGCUCUGACAUUUUGCCUAAACAGGGGUCCGAAGUCCUGGAACCAACUCAGAAAUCUAAUGAAGCACUGAUUUCAAGUUCUACCAUUUUGUACAAGGAAAAUGAUCUCUGUGGAAGCAAGACAACAAAUAACACAACCGACAAACAAAGUGACAUAGAAAUUAGUGUUACUUCUAAGCAAACAUGUUUGGUAAAUACUAAUUCAGUAGGCUUAGAGAACAAGCCUGUAUUUAAUCUAAAAGGAGGGUCAUUUGGCAACUUUGACCAUAAAAAGAAAUCAACUGUAUCAAAACUUAAUAUUUCCUCCUCUGAGAAAUUGCUAAUACAUAAAGAAUCAGCUGCUUGCUCUACUAAACGGAUUACAGCUGGAGCACCAAAUCUUGAUACCAAACAAUUACAGUCUAACUUUACAAAGACUGAUGAAAAUCAGGCGAAUUCUGGUAAUCAAGUGGCUUAUGAACAAAUUGAACCAAAGACUGAAAGUAGUAUGUGUAUUACUUUUACGGAAAAAGACAAUGAGGAGGUCCUGGAAACCAAUCCGAAAGAGGAGGCAAGUGAAACAUCCAGAGAGAAUGCUAAUGUUUUUGAACUGAGCAAAGAGGAGACUGAUGUCUCACAGAUAUCAAUUACCACUGAAACUAAAAAAACAGAACUGAAUGCCACUAUUGUGUGUGAAAGGGGAGAAACUGUUUCUGCUAGUAUGAUACCAAAGGAACCUGUCACCUUUGACAACAGCAAAAAGAUUGCUGGAUUGGAGAAAAAGGAAGACAUAAAUAUUGAAGACCAUGAACCUGAGACGGGAAUAAUUCAAACAUCUGUAAAUGAUGCAGUUUUUCAGCAUAACAAAUAUACUCCAGAAACUCAACCAAAGGAGCCUGUCACCGUUGAUAACAGUGAAACGAUUGCUGCCUUAGAGAAAAAGGAAGACAUUAAAAUUAAAGACCGUGAACCUGAGACGGGAAUAAUUCAAACAUCUGUAAAUGAUGCAGUUUUUCAGCAUAACAAAUAUACUCCAGAAACUCAACCAAAGGAGCCUGUCACCGUUGAUAACAGUGAAACGAUUGCUGCCUUAGAGAAAAAGGAAGACAUUAAAAUUAAAGACCGUGAACCUGAGACGGAAAUCAUUCAAACAUCUGCAAAUGCUGCAGUUUUUCAGCAUAACAAAUAUACUUCAGAAACUCAACCAAAGGAGCCUGUCACCGUUGAUAACAGCGAAACGAUUGCUGCCUUAGAGAAAAAGGAAGACAUUAAAAUUAAAGACCAUGAACCUGAGACGGAAAUCAUUCAAACAUCUGCAAAUGCUGCAGUUUUUCAGAGUAACAAAUAUACUCCAGAAACUCAACAGCAAAUACAUACAAAUGAUGCUAGAGAAGAGAAAAACAAGAAUCAUCAAACUCUAGUUCAAAGCGAAAUCCACCCUGCAGUUUUGAUCUCCAGUACUGCUGAGAGAACCCCGAAUUUGACAGAAUCAAAAGAUUCUACUGACACAAAUAGUGUCCACAAUUCAGAUCAGAAUGAAUCUCUUAAUCAUGGCACCACAGAAGGGCUGAGAUCACACCAAAGCACACAAGAUGCCAGUGAUAACGAUGUCAGAGCUUCCUUAACUUUGGACCUCAACAGACAUUCCACUUCUUCUUCAUCCACGGAUUUGUUGGAGGAGGACCUUCCAGCACCUAUACAAGAGUCCCAGUCUUCAUUUAACAGUCCUCAAAUGCACAGUCCCCUCCCCCAUACAGAAACAACGCUUAAUGAUGAACUGCAGCAACUUGAAUCACAGAGCCCCCUCCAAAUGAUAGAUAUAGAGCAGUCGGAUGUUGAAUCUGAGGAAGAAUUACCUGUCUCACUUCCAAUACAGGAUACACAUAAAAAUGUAAAUGAGCCACCAGGCUUAAAGUCAAAGACCUGCAGACAAGAGAAACCCAAAGCAGUAUGCAGGGAACACAGGCUAGAACCACCUAAAAGUCCCCAAGCCUGCCCCACUCGAUGUGUAGGACUCAGAGACAGUAGUCCAGCUCACAGAAAAUCAAGCUUGAGCAGUGAAAGAGAGAUAUUGCCAUGCAUCACAACUGCACUAAAUUUCCCAGUGCAAGCAAGACAAAAUCCAAGUGAUAAACACACUGAUUACCAGGAUGGGUGUUCAAACAACUACAGGACAAAGGACUCUAAGGAAGUGGAUCUCUCCUUAAAAAAUACCAUGGGCUCAUGUAAUGACACGGACAGUGAUGGGUCAAUUCCAGAGCUGGAAGAGCCAAACAGAAGCCUCUUGAAACCCUCGGACCCACAAAUAUCACAUUCAGCUGAUGAGUCAGUAAGCAAAACUAAGCAGAGUCGAAGUGAGAAAAAGGCACGGAAGGCUAUGUCUAAGCUUGGCUUAAAACAGAUUCACGGAGUUACGCGGAUUACCAUCCGGAAGUCCAAGAAUAUCCUUUUUGUUAUUACCCGCCCAGAUGUCUUUAAAAGCCCUGCAUCAGAUAUCUACAUAGUCUUCGGGGAGGCCAAGAUUGAGGACCUGUCACAGCAAGUGCACAAGGCUGCAGCAGAGAAAUUUAAGGUUCCCCUGGAUCCCUCCCCUUUGACCCCCGACACUAUGCCUAGCCUCACCAUAAAAGAGGAGAGUGAGGAAGAGGAGGAGGUAGUGGAUGACAGUGGACUGGAACAGAGAGAUAUAGAGCUGGUAAUGGCACAGGCUAACGUGGCUCGGGCUAAAGCUGUCCGCGCACUACGUCACAACAAGAACGAUAUUGUCAAUGCUAUUAUGGAGCUAACCAUGUGAUAGAAGAGGUCUUGCCUGGCCCCAGCUUUUCUUCCUGGCAUACCCAUCAACCCUUCCCAGUAAUGCUGCUACAUACCUUUAAUGCCCCUUACCUGCUAAAUAAACUCUAUAAAAACUGA